AUGAACUAUGGAGUCUAUUUACAUGUCUCUCACAUUCUUCAUCAAAUGCUUAGGAGGCUCAUGCAAGACGAAACACGCCACAACCAACUUGAAUAUCGUCCAACGAGGCUCAAUGUGUUUUUGCUAGUCACUGGAGAUCAUGUCUUCAAUAAAGUGAUGAUGGAUCUUAAAGAAAUGGGGAUUACGGUUCUGCUUGCCCGUCCUGAAGAUGUAGAACAAGCAGAUGCAAAUUUUGGAGAAGGAUUCAACGCAGUGUGGUUUGUGGAGUGA